GGUAACAAGCCUACAAAGCAGUGUCCCUCAGUGGUGCUACAUUAUGGAUCCAUCAUUUGUGCUUUUCAGCGCCGCCAAAAGAGUGACGCUGAGAGAGGAGGACAUGACGGUGGAAAAGAUUUCUAAAAUAUUUCGGGUAACCAGCCAGAGCCUGUACCUCACUGACGAUACCAAUGUGGCAGUUUUCCCUGGAGCAGAGGGCCACUUCAGUUCAUUCGACCUCAGGAACAAGGCCCAUUACGAAGUACACGGGGCCGGGGCUGUGCUGGAUGCUGGUGUUAAUGUUGCUGCGGGGCCACUACCUACUCCUUCCACGAGCAGCCAGUUUCGCUUCUCCAGGUCGGCUAGCUCAGCAAGCCCCUCAGUGCCACUCAGGGCUCAAUCCCUGAAAUACUUUACAAGGACUGUCAGUCUGGGAGAGGUACAGAGUGGAAAGCUUGUGAACAGCAGAAUGGUGGGUGUAAGAUUUACUGAGCAGGAGGCCAGUGUCCCAUCCAUGAUUGCCAAAGUAAAAGAUGCCUUAGGAAGCAAUGAACAACUCAUCCUGACAGACCACAAUGGAGUGGAAAUAUUGGACUCAGAAGGAGCAAGAGGCACCUUUUAUUGGAAGCAGAACUCGCGAAAAAUCAUGGCUGUACCAGAGGUUGAUUUCUAAGCUGUGCAACAAAAGAGGCGAAGAAUCUCACGCAGAGAUGAUGAGAGUGGACUGGACAGUGUGUUCGAGAAGAUCGAGGAGCUUGUCUUGGCUGCUCAGGGUUUGUCUGAGGUGAAAACUGCCAUUCAGGGACUCUCUGACCUGGUCCAUCGAAAGAGGAACACAACAUUGGUACUGACCGAAGAACAGUCCAGGAAUGUUAGGGAUACAUUCACUUGUCUGGUUUGCAGAGGUAAGUCUUGUCCUUAGGAAGACAAAAAAAUAAUGUAUUCACCCUGACAAACACAUUGUUGUUGUUUGGUGGAAUUUAUGAUGUAGUGGUCAUUUAAAAGCUUAAG